CGAGGAGAAGGUAAGGGCAGGGGGGAAAAUGACUACCAUUUUAGGGGAGGAUGGAAGCCACUUUACUGACCCAUCUAAGGUUUUACAGUCGCCUUUAAGUGUCGUUUUUUAUUGAAAUAAUAAAAUAAACAUGUCGCUAACAAAUUAUUAUUCCAUGAUGGGGCUGCAGACCGAGGAGGCGUACGGCGCUCAUUUCCUCAGCGCGGGCUUGCAGGCGUCGACGGCCGGCUGCGCGAAGCCGUCCCGCGGCGCGCAGGAGGAGGAGGAGGAGGAGGGGGCCACCCCCGGCUCGCACGUCCCGGAUUUCGCCCAUUUCCCCAACAAGCAGGCGAGCUUGAACGGAUUCUCCCCGUGGACCAGCGCGCCCUCCCCGCCGCUGCAGGCCGCCCCCGGCGCCUCCAUCCCGGGGCUGUUCCAUCCACACCUCCUCGGUCACCACCACCACCACCACCACCACCACCAGAACCAGCAGCCCUACUACGCCGAGCACCUCGCCCCGGAGGGCAGGUUCGUCCGCUGCUGGGAAGGCCCUGCGUCCACCUCGGAGGGGAGCUUCCCCGGCUGCCCCUCCGACCCCGGCCCGCGGUUCGAGGCGGUGAAGCCGGAGAGUUCGCCGCCGCUGUCGCGCGGCUGCCCCGGCGACGACUCGGGCGGCUUCGUCAGCCCGGGCGACGUGGUGCUCGAGCGGCUCGGCACCGCCGAGGAGCUCCGGAGGAAGCCGGAGCCCAAGAAGGAGCAGGAGGAGGAGAGGCGGAAAAGCCAAGCGGCGGACCCAGAGAACCCUUCGGCCAGCUGGAUCCACGCCAAGUCCACCCGCAAGAAGAGGUGUCCCUACACCAAGCACCAGACCUUGGAGCUGGAGAAGGAGUUCCUCUACAACAUGUACCUGACGCGGGACCGCCGCCUGGAGGUGGCCAGACUCUUGAACCUGACCGAGCGGCAGGUGAAAAUCUGGUUCCAGAACAGACGCAUGAAGAUGAAGAAGCUUAUGAUCCGGGAGAGGAGGAGCAUCAACGAAUAGCGGAGCUCCGUGGGGUCGAUACUGCCGGGGGGGGGCAACCUUGAGAGGGUUUGAGACACCAGCCGGGGGAGAUCUUUUCCGUCAAAACCUCCGAGAACGGGUUGACUUUGAGGCAGAACAUUGAAGGAACCGCGAGGACACUUGAGAUGUUCUACAAGAACGUCAGCAAUACUUGAGUCCACAUGAAUACAAACCACCUUCCCUGCCUCGCCGUCACGUUAGAGGACGUUCUCAAUCGAGCUUAGUAGGAUUUUGUAUGAAAAAAAAUGUGUUUCGAGAAGGUAUUUGAGAACGUUGUGGCCCAGCGUUCUCCAACCCAAACCUACUUUGAAACCGCUGCCAAGCAAAAAAAAAAACCCCAAGGAAGGCUCUGGCUCGCAAAAUGUAGCAAUUUCCAGGAAGCGUGUCGGACAUUUCUGUGGAAUGUAUUAUUUCUUCUGGGACUAUUUACGAACAUCGUGCUCAGUUCUCCCGGGAAAACAAGUUGCUAUUGGUAGCUUGUAAGGAUGUGAACCAAGCAACUCACGAUUCCAUUCCGAUUCUUGGGGUGAGGAUUCGAUCCAGAACUGAUUCUCACAACAUAUUUGAUAUAUUAAUUAUGAUAAAACGUUAUCUCCAUAUCUAGCCAAAAAUUAAUAAUAAUAAUAAUAAUAAUAAAUCGAUUCCGAAUCAUGGUUAAAUAAAAAAAAAAUCAAAUUUUUUUCUCCCGAACAUUUGAUUCUGUUCUCGGUGUGAGGAUUCCAUUCAGAAUCGGGAAUCGGUUCAUGCGGGUGUCGAUUCAAAUCAAUCCUUGCAGUGUAUUGUUUGGAAUAUAAACUUAAUCAUUUCAAAACAGGUAGCUGGGGAAAAAAGUUUUUUUUCUUGAAAAAUCAAUUCUUGAAAAAUGUAGCUUGAUUCAGAAUCCUAUUUAAUAGGAAUCGGGUUUUGAAUGUGAAUCAUUUAUUUCUCGGGGCACCUCUACUAGCUCGUAGAUAUGACAAAAACUCCCGAUUCGGAUUCUUGGUGUGAUUCUGAAUCGAAAAUUGGUUCACGCGAUUGUGGAUUCAAAUCCAUUUUGUGUAUUGUUUGGUAAUUGAAAUAUUAGCCUUUUCAAAAACACAGGUUACAAAAGCGAAUUUUGUACAUGUAGCUAAUAGCUACGCGUAUAAAUAAAUUAUUGAACAUUUUAUAUCAUUCAAAAUCAUAAAAAAAAAUAAAGAUCGCGUUUUGUGAAUGCAUUUUUCCCCGAGCACUUCUGGUAGCUCGUAGAUGUGUGAGUCUUAUAACUCACGAUUCAUUUUGAUUUCCAUUCUCGGUGUGACCAUUCAACUCAGAAUUGAGAAUCGGUUCACACGCUCGUUGAUUCAAAUCAAUUCUUGUGGUGCAAUAUUUUGUAUGUAAACUAAAAUAAAAUAAAAAACAUUCAAAACAUGUUACAUAAGCUCAUCAGGUAUGUCGAGUACACAAAGCGAAAAAGUGCCAAGAUGGCCUAGACAUUUUUUUUAAAAUUGAUUCUUGAAAAUUUUAGCUUGAUUCAGAGUCAACAUAAACAAGAAUCGCAUUUCGAAUGGGAAUACAUUUUUCCCAUGCAUCUCAUAGUAGCUUGUAGGGAUGGAAAUCUUACAAAAACUCGUGAUUCAAUUCAAUUCUAAGUCUGGGUGUGAGAAAUCAAUUCACACUAUCGUGAUUCAAACGGAUUGUAAAAAAAUAUUUGUAGGGGUGCAAAGAAAAUUCAUUUACAUCCGGAUUGCGGUUCUUAUCCAUCAGAUUCAACAUUUUCAAUUUUUUUUUAAUAUACACCUAUAUAUAUACAUAUAUAUAUA